GCCGUUUUCGCAUUUCGUCAUCUGCUCUAAAUUUGCAGUCAUAUGCAUUUUAAGUGACAGCGCGCGACACAACAGGCUGUGUCAUGGACCUCGGGCUCCGUUUGUCUUCAGAAAAACGCCUCGCGUCGCAUCGUUACGGGAAUAUUCAUGACAUAUUCUACGAGAAAGUACAGUAGGCCGACAGUAGUGUGGUUUGCCUCUCUGAAACGAGGUCGCGUGAACGUGUAAAAUGACGGUCUCGGGUGAGGAAGGCAGAGCAGAGCCACAACUUCACUAGGAUUGGACAACAGGCAGUGCAGUGGGGAUUCCUGGGGACUGGUGUCUCUCCUAAAAGACUUCAGGUUGUACAACCACGGCUUUAUCCCCAACAAAUCAAAUGGCAGCUUCGGAGAAAACACUUAUUUAUCGGGAAGACACCGAUUCGUUUAAAAACUUUCUUUCCAAACAGGACAUGCGCCUGAUAGCCGCACAAGAAGAGUCAAAUUAUGUGGAUCUCAACGACCUGCUGGAACUAAAAUUGGAUGAUACAAAAACAGUGAAAGUGACAUUUGGAGACUCGGGUGAAUUGGCAAUACUUAAAAGCAUUAGUGGCAUGAGAGAUUCACAUGGAGAGCACAAACCUUGCACUGAAAAAGUAAAUGAAUCUACUGAACAUAAAUGCACACUGGAGGAAUGCAUGGAAAAGUCGAGCUCUUUUGAAACAGCAGCUUCGGAAAUACCUCAAGCCGAUAAAAACGACACGGAUUGUACCGAGAAAACAGAGCAAAAGCUCAGAUCCCCAAAUUUGGAGACGCAGAGCCCAGGAAGCAAUAACCAAGAACAAUACAAUGAUGUUUAUAUGAGCAGCAACAGUUUAUCGGAUGAUGAGGUCACUGUGGUGCUUUCUGGUCACGGCACGCCUGAAAUCUGUGAAGAUGAAUCGCACUAUAUCACAACCCACGAAAUCCAGCUUUUGGAGUUGGACCACGAUGUGGAUUACGACUUUGAGACGGGAUCCAGCUGGGAUAUCGAGGACGAUCUCCAGGUCUACUCGUUUGUCGAUUAUGCGUCUUUUGACAGUGAUGAAACGAUUGGUGCAAAAGAGGCGAGUAUGGAAAGCAACCAGGCUGAUACGAGCGAAGCAGUGGUCAGCAGUAAGCAUGAAAGCAAUCACUGUGACGCGGACAAAUGUGCCAGCUCAGAUGAGAGUCUGUCAAAAAAGCAAAAAGCAGCUGGGCAUAUUCACCUGUCAAUCAAAGCAACUUCCCGCGCUGUGAACGAGCCAAGCAACAUCCAAGAUCAAGUAAAAGGCAUAAGCCGCUAUGUUUUGAGAGGAGUGGAUGCAAGGGGAGACAAAGUGUGUGAUAACGCAAAGUGUUUCAUUGCUGUGCCGGGGCGCUUGCACUUUGGCAGCAAACUGAAAAGCAAAGAUGUGAACGAGUAUUCCAGCGGUGCGUCCAGCGCGGUGAGCGAGCUGGACGACGCCGAUAAGGAAGUGCGCAAUCUCACAGCCAGGGCGUUCAAAAGUUUGGCCUAUCCAUAUUUUGAUGCCAUAAACUUUAGUACUUCUAGUGAGUCUUCUGCUUCAGAUCAUGGGCUGGGAAUCAACAGGUGGUCGACGUUUGUUGACCUAAAGUAUGGCCAGGGGAGAGAUCAAAACUUAGUAGCGCAUAAAGGCUCCACGUCCAAUUUCCAUUUCGCCAAAAAGAGUGACGGUAAGGAGAUAACGGGCUUGACUUUGACCAGCAUGCGAGCGCCCCCCGUUGAGAUAUUUGCACUGAACGGCAAUUUGGUGAGCCGCAAAAACGCAUCGUCUACCACAAAAAAGACUGAGCUCAUGGGUAAGUUUUCACAGGGGCAAAGUGGCCUCAUAAGACUGACCGAAACUCUCAAUUUUCGAUGCAAUGUCAAAUCCGGGCAGCCUGUAAACGAAAGCACUAGAAGAUCACGUUCCACAGAUGAAGUUACAAACACCUUGCCAAGCGCUCAAGGGAGUGAGGCCAGCAAGCGACCCUGCAAUGCAGAAGAAACCAUGGAAGACACACACAAGAAAGCCAUAUUCGCAUCGAGUCUCCUCAAAAAUGUCAUUUCUAAGAAAAUGCAGUUCGAGCAGGAGCGCAAAAUGGAGAGGGGCGAGAUAUGCGAGGCGCACCACGCGCCCUCUCCGUGCUUCGGGACGCACGAAGCGCACAGAGAGAAAGCGGCCAAGAAAAAUUCCAAAGGGCUGCAAAGGCAGAGCUCGAAAUUCUCAGAAGCCGACUCCGACUUCACGAUCGUCUGCGUGGACGAUCUGGGCGACAUAGUAGACGGUAAUUCAAGCGAUGCCAAAGACGACGGGCGCAAAGAAGAGCCUUUGACGAGUGCAUCAGAAACUAAUUUAGAGUCGGCGAAUGAUACUAAAAAAGGAGCAUUCGAAGCAUCCAAAAGCACGCUGCUUCGAAGCCAAAAUAGCGCGUUCAGAUCGUGGAGGGACGGCGAGCUAGAGUUUCAAAAGGAACAUAAAAACGACAAAACUCCUGAGGAGAAACUGCUCCGCGAGUGUCCGGGAGAAACCAGCUUCAGCGUCGAUUCGGCGAGCGGCAAGCACACUAAAAUGUCACAUUUGUUUGUGCCAAGCAUACAGCUUCCGUCCGCGGAACGGGACCUUGGGAAACCGCCGCCGAAUGUGAAUUCCUCCACGCACGAUCAAGCAGAGAGCGGAGCUAUGAAGUGGCGUUCAAACACGCUCUAUGUGUCCGACGCGACGCGCAGCGCGGUGACAGCGAAGUCGCCCGAAAUCAAAAUAAGUUUGCGGAGCGUUAGGGACAACAAAAGCGACCCGUUCAAUAUCGCGAAGCUACUGACUCCCAAUUUAGGCUGCAAGACAGCUGAGGACAACAGGUGUCAAGCGCUCGCCGCGGCUUUCAAGGGUGAGUCGUCUGACAAAGUGCCUCACUUUAUAGUCAGAGACAUUAGAGAUAACAAGGGCAAGCUACAGACCCCCAUUCACCAGGUUAGAGACGUGCGUAAGCUGGUUAAGAGCUCAUAUCACUUUGUGUCUUUAGAUAACAACGACAACAAAUCCAGCCACUCGACUUAUGAUGGAGAGCACAAGAUAUUAAAGCAGAGUCCUCAUCUGAACUCAGCCUCUCUUUCACCCAUAGUGAUUAAAUGCCAGUCUGUGAAUACAAAUAGCAAUGUGAAGCAAUCUGGAAAUUUAAUAGACCCCCCCAAGAGACGAUUUCCAGAGGAUAUAGUUGAGACCGACAGGUCCUCCCCUCACGUUGCUGUAGCUAACAGGCUGCCAAAGCAAGAAGUGCCAGCCGGAGUGAGAAUUGAAACAAGCACACGAAAACAAGAUAAAUCGAGCGACACAGCCGAGAAGAAAACCGAACCCAAAAUGGCCAACCAGGCCGCUUUGGAAAAAUUGCAAGCUGCUGUCAAAACGAUGGAGCAGCUGUAUGUUUUUGACAAGAACGAGUGGAAGAGAAAAAAAGAACCACGGCCGAUAACGGACAGCCAUGUGCUCUCGCUCAUUACUAGCGAGGAACACAGCGUGGAAGAACAGGAAAGCAAUUCUAGCUCCACUCCCGCUGAUAGAUUGCUAAGACGAGAUUCAAACUCAAACCUGAACGAGAUGCCACCUAAAAAAGACGACAAGUCAUCAACCACUCCGAUCGCCCGGGAAGAGCGAAACGGCCCUAAAACGCUCAUGCAGUUCACAGGAACACCGUGUAAAAACAUCAGCCAGAAGCCAUUACCCACAAAAGCACCACAAACGCACGUUGCAUCACCAGCAUCUCUGAGCUCCAAGGGCGUUGCAACUAAAUCUCCAAAAAUACCCGUUUCCCUGAAGAUAUCUCAGCCGAAACGUGUACUAGAAGAGAGGGAGCGGCCGAAUGGCAGUGAGACCGAGUUUGCCCCACUGCAGUUCACUUCCACCGCAGAUUCUGAGAAUUACCUAACCAUACCAGUGAAGCCUCAAGCAACGCCCGCCAUAAAGCCAACCACGUCUGGAUUGGGCAAAACAGCUGUUUAUACAAUCCCAACUGCAGGAAGUAAAACCCAAACAGCCAGUCCGCCUUCUUACCUGGUUCGCAGUGACACCAGAAGCUAUCCGUCACCAAACCGUUCAUCUUUUGUGAUGGAGACACGGUCCCCAGAUACCCCUACCGCCACUAUUUACCACACACCCCUGCCUGUCCCAAUGCAAGCUGCUCAGCCUCAAGUUAUUUGCUUCUCCCCUGUGGUUCAACCCUCCCCCAUCCCUACAGAUCACUUCCAGGCAACCCAAAGAAAGAUGCUGCUGGAUCCCACCACGGGAAACUACUACUUGGUGGACACUCCAGUGCAGCCAUCAACCAGGCGUCUCUUUGACCCGGAAACCGGGCAGUAUGUGGACGUCCCCAUGCCGCAGCAGCCUCCCAUGACCCCCGUCCCAUUGCCAAUAUCCCCUCUCGCUCUCGGCCCAGGAGCUUACGGCCAUACUUACAUGUUUUACCCGGGAUACAUGCCAACCACCAUGAUCCCCGCACGCACUAUUCAGUCCCAGCUCUCUAUGCAGUCAGAAGCAGAUGAUGGGGAUAAAUCCCAUUUGCACAUGGGACAGCAGGAGGAUGGAGCUUACAUGGAGAGCCCUUAUUAUAUGCCAUCUGGGAAGUCGUCGCAAACCACCUCCAUGGCUCAACAUGUUAAAACCAGCAGGCUGGCCAACAGCAAGCAGCCUGUCAUCAGCAUUACCUCCCAGCAAGGGCCAAGGAUCAUCGCUCCCCCCUCCUUCGAUGGCACCACCAUGAGCUUUGUGGUGGAGCAUAGGUAAAACCUCACUCACCUACAACGAGCCACAUGACGUCAUCUUUUCACUGAUUUAAUUUUUUUGCUGAACUCAUUUAUUAUAUUUUGGAAUCUCCUUCAUUAUCUUCAUCAAGAAAUCGCACCUCCUUCUCCCAUUAUUAUUUGUGGGCCGCUUGUUUCUGCUCAUUAUCCCAUUUGCUUUAUUUUGUGUUAUUAAACUGUUCUAUCUGCUUCUCAAAUCUUUGUGAAAGUGGAUGGAUUUUUCUGCAUUGGAAUUUUUUUUUUUUGAAAGUGCAUUUACUGUAUGGGUUACUGUAAAAAAAAAAAUCCCUUUAAGCACCUUUAGAAUAAUGUCAGUCAAAUGAGAGUACAACAGCUAGGGAUGCACAGAUAAUAAAAUUCAUGCUAUGGAUGUUAACUGAUGAAUAGCCAAUAUUACAACCUUUUUAUACUAUUUCAUCUAAAUAAAUUGAAAACAAAAGACUAACAACUAAAAUUGGUAACACUUUAUUUUAGGGUCUCUUAACUAGUUGCUUAUUAGCAUGCAUAUUACUACAAUAUUAGCCAUUUAUUAGUAGUAAUUAAGCACAUAUUAAUGCCUUAUUCUGCAUGACCAUAUUCUACAUCCCUAAUCCUACCCAAUACCUAAACUUAACAACUACCUUACUAACUAUUAAUAAGCAGCAAAUUAGAAAUUUAUUGAGGGAAAAGUCAUAGUGAAUAAGUGUUCCCUAUUCUAAAGUGUUACCUUAACAUUUUUCAUUUUAAAUGCUUUAAGUGAAUUUAGGCAUCACACCAAUUUAAUAUACAGUAUAAAUUUAUAUUCAUUUUGAGAUUUGGUAAAUAUUUCAUUUAACAGUAUUAUUAAAUUAUGUGUGUUUUUUCAAGACUAAAUUUGAGUGAGCAUUAGAUGAUGUUUAAGGAAAUGUAAAAUUUCUAAUGUGUGUACACAACUAUAUAGCCAAUAUUGGCUGAUAUACUGUAUAUCCAAUAUCAGGAUAUAUAUAAAACUGUCUCUAUUAUAAAUAGGCACUUAAAUUGAUACUGUUGUUAAGGCUGUUAACAGGUUCUCUAUAUAAAACACACAAAAUUUCUCCUGCUAUCCGUCAUUCCUUGACUGAAGCUCUUCUCCUGACCUUGAAUCUCAGCAUUCAUCCUUGAGAGGUGUUAUGUGAAAUAAAUGGAUUGCAUUACAAUUUUAUAUUGUAUAUUUAUUAUUAUUAUUAUUUACUGUUGUUGUUUUUCUGCUGGUAGUGCAUAAACCACCUCAUUUAAACACACAAAAAUGUGUGGAUAAUGUGGUGAAUGGGAUGUUAUAGGGGACUGUGUUCCUCUAUUAUCUCACAGUACCGGUAUAGUGUGAGUGUGUGAGAGAAUGCGUUUACCAUUUCAUUUUGAUUUGGUAUUACAGUUUCAUCCCUUUUGGCUGCAGUGACACAGAAUUAAGGUCAGGCGAAUUGAUUUCAGGUGAAGAAAUGACAGAUAUUAGCAGAAAUUCAUUGUAUUUUUAAUACAGAGACUGUUAUACAAAACACAGUGUACGAAAUGUAGCUUUAGACAACCUGUUUGGUGUCAUAUCAAAUCACCAGGGUAUUUUUGAUUUAAGGAAAAAUCAACUAUACCUCAAUUUCAAAAGAGUAAUCUGUACACGCUGAAGGGUAUAAACUAUUUAAACUGUUUGUUUUAUUUUUUUUAUUUUUUAUUUCAGUCAAAGUGUAAUCUGAAAUCUAAUAUUUUGUCUUAUCCUUGUUAUAUGCCUAAGAUAUAUAAAAUUUUCAUUACAGUAAUUGUUCACCCAAAAAUGGAAAUUUGCUAAAAAUUUACUCAGGCCAUCCAAGAUGUAGAUGAGCUUUUUUCCUUCAUUGGAACAGAUUUGGAGAAAUUUUGAAAUUUACAUCCUCUGUUAUGAAUGGGUGCCGUCAGAACUUGUGGAUUAUUGUUUUUACACUGUAAAAAGUGAUAA